GGUACGGCUUUCACGAGGCAGGCAUUUAUCUGCCUCUAGUCUAUGAUCUGCUGCUCGUCGUUCCAGGCUCACGGGCCCGACACACGGCGCCAUGCGCAACGGCAAGUCCUACAAGGCGGCCGCGGCGCCCGCGCGCAAGAGCAGCCCCAAGGGCCCGUGGCGCAGCGUGAACCCCGCGCGCAAGGCCGCCUGGCCCCAGCUCGGCCCGGAGACGAGCGCCUGGCGCGCGCUCGACGCGGCGGCGCCGCCCGCCGCGGCGCCGCCGGCGCGCGGCACGCAGACGGACGCGCGGCCCGGGCCCGAGGUCGUCGCGCGGGCGGACCUGGCGGCGGCCGCGGACGGCUUUGCGCACCCGCUCGCGGCGGACGUGUGGCGGGGGCGGUGGCGCGGGCGCGACGUGGCCGUGCGCCGCGCGCGCGACGUCGACGGCUUCCGGCGCGACGUCGACGCGCUGCUGCGCGUCCGCCACCGGCACGUGAACCCGCUGCUGGCCUUCUCGCUCGCGCCGGGCGCGCCGCUCCUGGCGGCGCCCUACCUGCCGGGCGGGUCCGUCGCGGCCGCGCUCGCGGCCGCCGAGGCCGCCGCGGCCCUGGCCGCGGGCGCGCGCGUGCGCGCGCUGGCCGACGCGGGCCGCGGCCUCGCGCACCUGCACGGCGUCCACGUGUGCGCGGGCGACGUCGCGGCGCCGACGAUCCUCCUCGACGCCGACGCGCGGGCCCGGCUCUGCCUCGGCGGCGCCGGGCGCUGCCGCGUCGUCGACGGGUCGUGCCCGAUUUUAGCCGCCGCGGCGCCGCGGCGCGGCUACGGGCCGCCGGACCCGCCGCCGCCGUCGCCGGCGGCGCUCCGGGCCGCGGACGUGUACGCGCUGGGCGUCGUCGCCCUCGAGCUGCUGACGGGCCGCGCGGCGUUCGACGAGGGCGCGGAGCCGCGGCGGCUCGCGCGGCGGGCGCGCUUCGUGCCGGACCGCAGGUGCGCGUGGUCCACGCGCGCCGCGGACGCGCUGGCGGCCGUCGCCGGGCGGUGCCUCGCGGCGGCGACGCCGUCCGCCGCGAGCGUCAGCGACGAGUUGGACCGGGCGGCCGCCGACGUCGUCGACGGGCACGGGGACGCCGUCUCCGCGCUCCUGGAGGGCCUGCACCUCUCCCACCUGCGGCCAAAGUUCGCCGAGGAGGACGUGCGCGACCUCGCGACCUGCGCCCUCCUGGAGUCCGACGAGCUGGAGCGCCUGGGCCUGGACGCCGACGCCGCCGCGCGCUUCGCGGCGGCGGCCAUCGCGCGGGCGCCGCCCCUCGCCGCCCCGGCCGGGCUGCUGGACGCGGUCGCCGCCCGGCGGGCGGCGACCGCCGCCCUGCCCCGGUGCCGGCGGGCCGCCUGGCUCGCGACGCUCGCGGCGGGGUCCGCGGUGGACGCGCGCGACAGCGAGGGGCGGUGGUUCGACGGCGUCGUGACGGCCGCGGAGGCCGACCGCGUCCGGGUCCACUUCCGGGGCUGGCAGGACACCUGGGACGUCUGGAUCGAAACGCGGGACGAGCUGCGGCUGCAGCCGCCCUUCGCGCGGACGGACGACUGGCGCGCGUCGCUCGCGGCCGGCGACGCGUGCGAGGUGCGCGACGCCAAGGGCCCCAUGUGGUUCCAGGGGAGGGUCGUCGGGACGACGGAGGAGGCCGUCGCCGUGCGCACGUCGACGGGCGUCGUGUACGACGUGGCCCGGGCGUCGGAGCGGCUCUGCCGGAUCGGCACGCACGGCGCGCGGGGGCGGACCCCUGCGCGCCCCGUGUCGACGUGA